UAAGCCUACGUGUUAAACUGAUAUUUUGAGUGUUUGUAGGCAAUAACCUCUGUGUAGCACACCAUUAAAUGACCUCUCAGCUUAUUCCUACCUCCCAAACGAACAAACAUUCUUUAGCACGUUCGCCAACAUCACCCGUCCCCCAUCAAAUUAUCGGCAAUGUUUUCAUAACUCACACUCAAAACCUCAAGACUACAAGUUACAGACACGGUAAAAGUAAACGUGGGACCUUUUUUUAAAUAUAUAAAGUCCAUUAUUGAGAGUGGGCCUGACCACAGGAGUGCUACGGCCACAGAGAAAAUGGGCGUUAUGUUCACACAGGCGACGCAGAGUGGAGAGAUGAAGGUGUUUGCUACGAUGCUGCACGCUCACCUGCUGGGCAGAGCCGUUCAGGUGCGGCACUACAGGGACGGCAAGCAGAUCAGCGACCUGGGUCGUGACAUGGGCUACGACUUCAACUUCCAGGAGACGCGUUACCUGAAGGAGCUCGUCUCCGUGAUGCCCGGCGAUUCCAUUAUCACAGAGUGCUUCUACAACAGCCAGGAACGAUCCAUUACAACCACGGGUGGGCUCAGCACCCAGGAGGAGAUGUGCCUCGGCUUCCUGCACUAUUACCCCAAGGUGAACGUGUCGCGCUGCCUCAGCAUCUAUGACAUGACGCAGGUGGCACCCGCCUUCGGAUACACCGUCAUGCCUAGCUACCCACACCUGAUCAUAACCCCUGUGGAGGACAAGGGGAAGCCGAUCUUCUUAGUCUAUGACAAGGUAAACUGGACGGAGCAGACUAUCCGCACCGUGGAAAUGGCGGCGCGCACGGCCGAGCAGCAUGCGGUGCACGCGGACACGAAUGGGUUCCAGUCCUUCCCCGGGCAGAGAAUCCCCGAGAUCCCUGCGGACCCCGAAGCACCCCCCUGCAACCUCACGGAAACCACCACGACACCUACCACGAAACCCACCACGAAACCCACCACGACACCUACCACGAAACCCACCACGAAACCCACCAUGAAACCCACCACGAAACCCACCACGAAACCCACCACGAAACCCACCACGAAGUCCGGAGAUAAGGGGGCAGCCCCGAGCGUGCACCCCCACGGGACCUGGCUGCACCUGCUCCUGACGCUGCUCAUCGCGACCCUCGCUCUGCUGCCUGCGGAGUCUCUCCGCGCCUAA